AUGUCAUCACAGGCUGAUCCUCUGUUGGGUUUUGAGAGACUACAGCCUCAAGCAACCUCGGGUAGCAACUAUACGGCGAUAAAUUCGAACAGUCGCUCAAAUGUGAAAUCUCCCUGCGGUGGCAGGCUCAUUCAGCGAGACUCCCUGCUCUCGAAUGGUUCUAGAAUCAACUCGAGAAGAUUGGAUCCAAAUGUUAUCGAGUCGAGACCCUCUUUUCGAGAUGUCCUGCCCUAUUAUUUGCCCUGCUUCUCCUGGAUUCCCGAGUAUAGUCUGUCGAAAUUCUGGGGAGAUCUGAUUGCUGGGAUAACGCUAGCAUCCUUUCAGAUGCCUUUGGCUUUAUCUUAUGCCACUUCACUAGCCCAUGUCGAACCCUUGUGCGGAUUGUACUCUUUAGCGUUCACGCCAUUCGUUUACGCCAUCUUUGGUUCAGUACCUCAGAUGAUUGUUGGUCCCGAAAGUGCGAUUUCACUGGUUGUGGGACAGGCGGUGGACAAUCUUUGUUCUCACAAUCCUGAAAUUGACAAAAUGGGUAUAACUGUUUUGAUAACUUUUAUCAGUGGUACCAUCCUUUUUGUUUUCGGAGUCUGCCGUUUCGGAUUCCUUGGUAAUGUGUUGAGCAGAGCCUUGUUGAGAGGUUUUAUAAGUUCUGUGGGGCUUGUCAUGAUUAUCAACUCCUUGAUAACGGAGCUGAAAUUACAUAAGGCGCUGGAAGACGCCGAUGGUCACUACGAUACACCACUCCAGAAGAUCUCGUUCAUACUAAAGUACGCGCCGAAAAAUUACCACAAGCCAACCGCUAUAUUGAGUCUUGUAUGCUUUUUGAUCCUCAUUACUAUUAGAUAUGUGAAGAAAAGACUGAUGACAAAGAAGAGAUGGCCUGUUUUUGUUCCCGAAAUCUUGAUACUGAUCAUAACUACAAUAAUCCUGUCUCGCAAUUACGAAUUUAAGCACAAAUAUAAUAUUAGCAUUGUGGGAGAUUUUAAUACGGAGGGCUUGAACAGAAUUUACAACCCUUUUUCCAAAUCAAAUCGCGAAUUGGCGAGAAAUUUGCUGAGUGAAGGACUGGUGGUGGCCAUUUUGGGUUUUUUUGAGUCCACAACUGCGUCCAAAUCAUUAGGGUCUUCUUAUGACUUACAAAUUUCUUCCAACCGUGAGUUAGUUGCAUUAGGAAGUAUGAAUAUGCUCUCUUCUUUUGUCGGAGCUCUACCCUCUUUCGGUGGAUAUGGGAGAUCGAAAAUCAAUGCGUUUUCAGGUGCUCAAACGGUUGUGUCAGGUGCCUGCAUGGGGUUUAUUGUUCUUUUAACAAUGAAGUUUUCUCUCUCACUUAUUCGAUAUAUCCCGGUUUGUAUCCUGUCUGUGGUCACGACAAUUGUGGGUGUCAGCCUUUUAGAGGAAGCUCCUGCUGAGCUGCGCUUUCAUAUCAGAAGCCGCGGCUACGAUGAGCUUAUAGUGUUUGCUCUAACUAUCCUGGCUACUUUCAUCUACUCACUCGAAGUGGGAGUAUGCAUAGGUUGCGGAUAUUCUGUGAUCAGAAUCAUAAAGCAUUCAGCGAAAUCGAGAAUACAAAUUUUGGCAAGAAUUGAGAGGACAGAUCAGUUCAUCAAUUCAGAUGAGUAUUUCACAAGCGCACGCACUGAUGAACGUGAAGCUUUUCCCGAUUUGGAGGAGUUGGAGGGUUGUCUGGUUGUCAAAAUCCCCGAACCAUUGACUUUCGCCAAUAUGGAGGAUUUGAAAGAAAGAUUAAGCCGAUUGGAAAGAUUUAAAUCAGCUAAAGUGCAUCCAGGUGCUAGGGGUACCAGGGCGAAAGAAAGCAUCAAGUACGUGGUUUUUGACUUACAUGGCAUGACUUUCAUGGAUUCCUCAGCGGCACAAAUUAUGCUCGAGAUUGUAACCGCCUAUAAAAGAAGAUGCGUGAGAAUCUUUCUAGCAAGGGUCCCACUCGAUCAGGCUGUUAGAUCGCGAUUAAAGGCAUCAGGUAUAAUCGACUACGUCGAGAGAGUUUCAUUUAAGGGGGCUGCUGCGUCGGGCGAGCCAGAGACCAAUAAAACGACGAGGUCUUCGCCGUAUUUCGCAACUAUACAGGAUACUCUGCAAACGAUGGAUGAGUUUGAGCUUUUAAACACUGAAAUUUCAAAUGAUCAAGAGAGCUUACUAUCAACAACACUAUUUAAUUCUAACCUGGUCUAG